AUGCUGGAGAUACUUCGUCUAUUAUCUCGCAACCAGGACGCCCUUAAACAUGAUGUUAUUUUUCUAUUCAACGGCGCGGAGGAAUCAAGCUUGCAGGUACAUAGCCAAGGUUUCGAUAAGAGAACGGGCGCUCAUGGAUUCAUAACACAGCACCCAUGGCGUCAUGUUGUACGUGCUUUCAUAAAUCUUGAAGCAAGUGGUAGUGGUGGUAGGGAGCUGCUGUUUCAAGCAGGUCCUGCAAAUCAAUGGCUACUGAACUCCUACCUUGAGGGUGCGGUUCACCCGCAUUGCUCUAUCAUUGGCCAAGAGGUGUUCCAAAGCGGACUAUUUCCGGGCGAUACGGAUUUUCGAGUGUUUCGAGACUAUGGAAGAAUACCUGGUUUGGAUCUGGCGUUUGUCCAGAACGGUUAUUGGUGGCACACUGAAUUCGAUGAGGGAAAGCGAAUCGCCAUCGGUUCAAUGCAGCGAGCUGGUGAGUCAUGCAGCAAGCUAGAGAUGUGCCUUGAC